AUGAGUUUUGGAGAAGUCAACAGUCGAUUCAUUCAGUGGUAUAAAAGGAACGGGGGAUACUUGUCUGACAAAAUAUCAUUCAAGGAUUACUCCGACGAGGGAGCAGGAAGAGGGAUGAUUGCUGUUGAAGAUAUAGAUCCUCAAACGGUUCUUUUUAAAACGCCCUAUUCGCUUCUUCUCAACUUUCAAACAUCAUCAUUGGCUCCGCUCCUUCCUGACGACUUGUUUUCCAAUCUUCGAAAACACAAUUCAUGGUUUCCUUUAAUACUUUGUUUGAUGUACGAAAGCACGAUGGAGAAUUCAAAAUGGAGGGAGUAUUUUAGCAUCCUACAGAAAGAGUACGCAACUCCUAUGUUCUGGGAGAAUGAGGAAAUAAAGGAGUUGAAGGGGACUGGUGUAAUAGUAAGAGGUGAACCGGCUUGGAGUAACUUGUAUUAUAGAGAAGUGACUAUAAAUGAUAUAAAAAAAGAUAAAAUCGGAAAAGAAGAUGCGGAGAAAGGAUUUGUCGACUAUUUGCUGCCUGUGAUUGAGAGUGAAAGGGGGGAUAACGAUGAUGGAGAAGUCACAAUGGUACCAAUGGCUGACAUGCUUAAUCAUAAAACUGGAUUCAAUAACGCCAGAUUAUUUCGUGAAGAUGAUGGGUUGGCUAUGAUUGCAAUUAAGAAAAUAACAAAGGGUGAACAAAUCUAUAACACAUAUGGAGACUUAUGCUCAGCAGAUCUUCUUCGGAAAUAUGGCUUUGUCGAUGUAGACAACGUGCAUGACUUUGUUGAAAUCGACAGACAAAUGGUAGUUGAUACCCUCUGCAAUGAUAACAAAAUUACCAAAGAGAAAAAGGUUAAUUUCCUGCUUGAAGAGAACGUCUUGGACGAUGCGUUUGUGAUAGACAUAAAUGGUGAUAUUACGGCAGAAUUGAUUAUAACCGCGAAAGUGCUUGUCUCCCCGAUACGAGCAAAUGCAAAACUCCCAAAGCCCAUUCUGACGCACGAUGUCAUACCGUCUUUGAUAAGGCUGUUGGAUAAGAGAUUGGACGACUAUAAGACUGCCAUUGAGGAUGAUGAAAGAAUUUUAAAGCACGUAUACAACGUACCUGUCAACUUAUAUAAUGCAGUAGUCGUCAGACUAAGUGAGAAAAAAAUAUUGAUCAAGGCAUCGGAGAAACUAAAUUCAUUAUUGAAAAGAAAGUUUGAGAGACAAAAAAAGAAGAGAAAGCCUACCAUUCAACCUAUAUUUUACAAUCUGUACGACGAAGUAUGCAUGUGUGCUUCAAUGUCUUUCUUCUUGAGAGUUUCAGAGAUGGCCAUGGAGUUGCCUAAAAUUCGGUUUGAAAUACAAGAAGACCGCGAUAAUGAAGGGUUCACAGAGACAACUUUUACUUUCACCACUUUUGAAAAGCUGCCGGAUAAUCAUGGUUGUAUUUCUGUGAGUCCAAACGGUCGCAAUAUCGCUAUAGUCGAUCCUGACGCUACUGCUAUAAAAAUUUAUAAUGUAAUGAUAGACGGCAUGGUAACGUCUGUCAAUGAGAUAUUGCUCCCGUCAAACUUUGCAAGAAAAUUGGAAGCUAAAGAAGUUCAUUACUCACUCGCAAUAUCCGACGAUUGCACAAUAGCAAUAUCAGUAUUCAACGUAUCACCCGACACUCUUCCUGAUGUUAAAUGGUCUAGCGAACUAAGCGAAGUAGACGUAAGCGAUGACAAUAAACUUUGUUUGCAUCAUUUGACUGUCGGCUCAACUAGAAUAAUAGUCACUCAGGAGGGCAAAAGCCUUGAUCCUCUGAGCGCCGCAGGCAUUAUUCGAUUUGCUGACGAUAACACCGUGAUCGUACUUCAAAAUGAAGGUGCCUUUACGCUUUUUAACAUAAAAAAGAACUAUCAAAGAAAAAUCGCAUAUCCACCAACAAUGAGGGAGCGUCUAUCAUUAAUAGAGGUAUAUGAACAAAUCUUGUUGCUAGAUAGAUGUUCUGUCGGUAAAUGGCUUAUGAGUAAUGAUUCAUCAAAAGGACUCGAUGCUUUCGACAUCACUAGUGGUGAAUUGAUACAAAAGUUUCAAAGAAUCCCCGAUAAUAACGCCGCUCUUAUUCCCUUUGCUGCAAUAUCCUCCGACUCGAAGUUUUUGGCUGCUUGCGAUAAAGACGGACGGGUGAAUUUAUAUCUUACGGAAAAUGGUAUACAUGUAGCCACUCUUAGGGCGGAAAUAUAUGGACAUUUCUUGUUCGCUGCAUUUAUUAAUGACGAUAAGAAACUGUUUACCAUUAUUGAAAAUGACAGCAGCUAUUUCAGUGUAAUUUAUGAACUAUCAGACUUUUACACCAACACAGAGUAUCAUUCAACCGUUUGGCAUUUAAAAAAAGAUUUUGGAUUCGGCAAUUUAAAAAAAAGGAACCCAAUAGUACAGACUUUUGCUGGAUUAUUCUAUCUUGGAACGAGUGGUAAACCAACAAAGAUAAAUGUGGAUUCAAUCGCCGAGUAUGCGUUUAGCGAAAAUACAAUUUUUCGCGACGGUAAAAAGAUUUCUCAGAAAACAGAUGAACAGCCACAUGAAAUAUCUAACAGAUUGUCCAUCAACGUUUCCGAAAAGAAAACCAGAGCACUUAAUCCGUUUAUACAUGAUACUACUGAUUUUGAGCCAUGGGACAGAACAGGACGACCGCACAGAUCAGAAAGUCUGGAUGAUUCAAGAUGUUUAUUCCUGAUUGUUGGAGAGGAGACAAUACAGAUAUGGGAAGAGCGCAAGGCACUGUACUUUUGGGCUGCACAUGAUUUUAUAUCCAAUCAAUCGAAAGCGUCCGCUGAUAAAUCCGAUAAGUUUCAUAUAUUUGAUAAAUUCGAGAAAACCGAUAAAACCGAUAAAACCAUCACCAAAAUUGAGUAUCACACAUCCCGACGAGACGGAAAUAAUUUGAUAUUAAGCGUAAAAACUGAUGACAAACCAGAGGAUACUAUUAUUUACUUGUGCGAUAUAUUUAGCAAAGGCAUGCCUAUAAGGCAGUCAGUGGUGUCACUCGUUAAUAGCUUGGCUUUUAUCAAGCGGAUACAGCAUCAACAGACAUCCAGCUCGAGUUAUGUUCGUAAUUCAAAAAGGAUACGUGAUCUUGAACAGUGUACAUGUCAAGCCAUUUAUGAUGUGAUUGCGAAUCAACCGGACAUUUGGCAGUUAAUGGAUUCAAAAUAUAAAGUCAUGAGAACUUUAUUACGUGCACAGUGUGACAAGAUUAUAACCGAAAUAUUGAAACCGGAGAGCCAUUUACAUCGACCGCAGUUUUAUAACGAUGGACAUCACUAUUAUGAAAGCGAUUUAACGAUCGCAUCUGGAACGAGUAGGGAAUGUCUAAGAAAGUUGUUAGAUUAUUAUAGUCAGAAGACAUUAGAAUUAGAUACAGUUGGCUGGAUGUCCACAUUCUCAUGUGCUUUACCAUCGUUAUAUAGCAAACAUCGAGACACUUUGGCAAAACAACUAACCAUGUUUUUGUUACUAGAUAUUAUUGAUGAAUUUUUCGCGAGAUCAGCUGUCUUUGGAGCCAUGACUAUCGAUGCCGAGAAAUUUGACUACUGCAAUAUUGACUUAGCCCCGGAAGAACUAGAUACAGUACAAACGAUUGAUCUUAUUCCAAAGUUACAACCACCGCCCGAGCUGGAUGAUGACGACAACGACGCCUCUCUAUCGGUCUUCCAAAAGAUUCGACACUAUGGACUCAACCCAUUGUUCAGGAGGUCACGUGAAUUAGUACCUGAAGAAGAAUACAAACAGGCUAGAUUCGGUACAUUGUGUCUAGCUCCUCUACCUGAAUUCGAUGCCUACGGUAGUUCAACAGAGUGGAAAGUUCGAUUCUCAAGGCCGGUAUUUUUGCGAAAUACGGCAGAAUGGUUAUCUAAACUAUCAACACCAUCGUUCUUACUUUGGAUUCCGGCGGUUAACGUUCUUGCUGGUAUGGAAAUGGCUGAACGACGAGCGCUCGCAACUGAUGAAGUUUUACGCGGUUAUAAUGGUUUUCAGCUAUGUAUUCUUCUUGCUGUUCGCUUUGAAGAAAUUAAAGCUGCCGUUGGAGCCAAUAUUCUCAUGUUUCUGGAUGCCAUUGGCGUUUUAAAAAAUGGAUCGCAGCCAAUCACAAUCUAUUCUGCGUUCGCUAUUCUCAGUCUGUGGGUGCAAUUUAUCCUGAUGCUUAGAGUCGUAAAAGGCAUUGGACAUUAUGUCAGCACACCUAUAUCGAUACUUAGACAUACUUAUCGUUUUCUAAUAGUCAUGGCUUUGUUUAUAAUUGGAUUUGGCCACACCAUAUUCGUCCUAGUAGGCAGUCAAAAUAAUAACAAUGAUAAUAGCAACAGCGCUGGAGAUUCGACUCUCGCAUCAAACAAUAGUACAAAUUCUACUGAUAGUAGUAGUAAUGAUACUAGUAGCACCACAAACAAUCCAUUCAACAAUAUAGCUGAUGCUGCGGUAGCUGUUUUCUACUGGACUGGUGGCACCUCCCCCUUGGUAACAAAUGAGAGUUUUCUCGCGCUGACUGUAAUCAUGAUAAUGGGCAGUUUGAUACUAGUUACAAUGAUGCAGAAUAUACUUAUAGCUUUAAUGACAGCGGUUGUCGAACUCGUGAAAGAAGAUGAAAAGAAUAUGAUAUUGGUGUUACGGGCCGAAUAUCUAAUUGUAGUUGAAGAAAUGCUCCUCAGUGCAAAAGAGCACAACAAUAGGGAAUGGUUCCCAAAGCACAUAUAUUAUUAUUCUAAUACGGAUUUGGUUACAAAAUGGAAGAAAAAGGCUAGAGUAAAGGCAAAUGUUGAGAGAAAAAUGUUCAGGUUAGAAAAUAAGGUUGAAGAGAUUCACGAAAAGUUGGCAGCAAUCCUUAACUCUUUAAAAACAGAUCCAUAG